AUGGGUAAUGUUGAGAACAGCAAGAAGAUUUUUGUUCAGAAGUGUGCCCACUGCCAUACCAUGGAAAAGGGAGGCAAACACAAGACAAGCCAAGUGCCUGGAGUUUCUUACAUGGAUCCCAAUCAGAACAAAGGCACCCCCUGGGAAGAGGAGACACUGAUGGAGUAUUUGGAGAAGCCCAAGAAGUACAUCUCUGAAACAAAUAUGAUCAUUGCUGGCAUUAAGAAGGCAAGGGAAAGAGCAGACUAG